ACAAUUUCAAUGUUUUGUAUUAAUGUUGUGGGUCUGGGGAUACUGUUUUUGCAACGGCUUCAUCUAAAUGACGUUUUUUUUGCUCAUACUGUUAUAUUUCUUAUACACCUUUAUUAUGGCAGCAAGUACGUCUGGUUAGGAAGGGCUGCUUGCUAUUCCACAUCAGCUUCGUUAAAAAAAAAAAAAACAUAAAUCAGGUCUACUAAAGACAACAUUUACUUAUUUUUACCUUGUUUUCAUUAAUCAGUAGUUGUAUGGUGUUUUUUUUUUAAAAAAACGGUAAUGUAAAAUGUAAAGAACUGCCUUUAAUGCCUAAACCUGCUUAUUUCCUCUUUGCUUGCUUUGCUAACUCAUUGUGCAACCAUGUCAGGAGAUCAGCAGCUUGUGGACUUUAGUAAAUAAGCAACAGGAUGAUUGUGGCAUACAACAAAAAACACACCAAUAGGCUAUAUUCACAACUCAUAUAGUUUACAGAAUAGUUGAGACCUUUUCCCGCGUUACGGCUAAGCUUCUAUAAAAGCAAUCGCAGACAAACUGGCUGGGAUAUAAAAAAAAAACUGCCGUAAAAAUUACAAAUAUGAUAUGAUAAGAUCUGUCACUUAUAGAAAAUGCUUAAAGCUUUUUAAAUAAUUUGAGUAUUGACAAUUCUGUGUUCCCCUGGUUUCUCAUCGGAUUUGGUUUCCUCUCAUAUUACAGUAACCCGGGACAGAUUAACCAUUCGUUAACCCACAUUUUGCCUGCUCCUGUUGGUUUGAAUAGUCCACGUCAGCAGUCAAUUAAGUCAACACCCCCUCCUUUCACCAUUCACGGAAAAGCGUAUGCAAACUUUACUAUUCUUUUCUUCCUGUUUCCUCUGUUCUGUCUACAUAUCACACUUUUGCAAGAUGAGUUUGCUGUGAAUGCCUGUUGCGUGUGACCUAAAAAAUCUGGCAACUUCCUGAACUGAACGCCCUGUGUAGUUAUGACGGCGACAGAAUUACAAAUAUGAGAACAUUCGAUCGGUCAGAUUUUAAAAAUAUGAGUGAUCGGGAGGGUCAGUGUACAUUGAGUAAGUGAACUUCGGUAACCUGCCAUCCAGGAAAAUGAGAUUUAAAAUUCACAAGAGGAAUGCGCUGGUAUUCGUACUGGUUGCACUCAUUGCUCUCUGUGUAGUGAUCAGGCUGCGUAAAAAUGAGAAUGUUCACCAAGAAAUUAAUAAAGACGUCGCCUCGCCUGCAAGCGCAACGAGUAAGUUUCAAUACGACACUGUUUUUAAUAUGAAGAAGUCCGUGUACGGAAGUAACUACAGACAAUUCAUUCAUAAUGCAGACAAAUUCUCGGCAGAUCCUCAGUUGGUCAUAGUGGUUCAGGUCCAUAAGCGACCCGCCUACCUCAGAUUGCUGGUGGACUCUUUGGAAAAAGUUCUGGGUGUUCACAACAUACUCUUAAUUUUUAGCCAGGAUUAUUUUUCGGAGGAAAUAGCCAGUGAAAUCGAAAGGAUAGAUUUCUGCCGAGUCUUGCAGAUUUACUUUCCAUACAGUUCGCAGCUGUAUCCUGCUGAAUUUCCUGGACAGGACCCCAAAGACUGCCCGAGGGACAUUUCAAAGGACAGCGCUAUCAAAAUGAAUUGCAACAACGCAGACUAUCCUGAUUCUUACGGACACUACAGAGAAUCCGCUUUCACGCAGGCAAAGCAUCACUGGUGGUGGAAGUUGCAUUUCGUGUGGGAGCGAGUGAGAGUCCUGCAGGGCUAUACAGGGCAUGUGCUUUUCAUCGAGGAGGAUAACUACCUGCUGCCAGACUUUUAUCAUGUCUUCGAGGGAAUGGUCGCACUUAAGAAGAAGGAAUGCCCCGACUGCGACAUGCUCGCGCUCGGUAACCAUGACGGCGCCACGCAGUUUGAGGAGUUCGCCGACAAGGUUGAGACUUCCGGGUGGAUGUCCACCAGGCACAACAUCGGCAUGGCCAUGCCUAGGGAGACAUACUACAAGCUGAUGGGCUGCAACGCGGAGUUCUGCACUUACGACGAUUACAACUGGGACUGGACGCUGCAGCAUCUGUCGGGAUCAUGCAUCGCGAAGCCGCUUAAGGUGCUGGCAGCCAGGGCCUCUCGAGUUCUGCACACGGGUAACUGCGGACUGCACCAUAACCAAGGCUGCCAGCCGGAGGUGGCUCGUCAGGAGAUUAAGGGGCUCUUGGAUUCGUCACAAAAAUUCCUAUUCCCUAGUUCUUUCAUCGUGAACAGUCAGCAGCCGGUGGAACACAAGAAUCAUAUGAUAAACGGCGGGUGGGGAGACAUUCGAGAUCACAUACUGUGUAAAAACUAUGCAAAUAUUUUGUGAAUAUUUUCUUUCUGGUAGCUAUUGGGUCACCGUGAUAUCAGGGUUAAAUCAGGGGUCACCACCAUAAGGUUCCAGCAGUCACAGGUAACUGGAUUACCUCAUGACCUUUACCCUUAAAUGUUAUCUCAGGAUUGAUGUUUACUUAGGCCCAGUAAGGGUUGGAUCUUUACAUUUUUAAAAGAAUUAUUAUAUAAAUACAACAAUCAAGUCAUUUUUGGAGUCAGCCUUUGAUAUCGUUGCACUUUUGAAAAAUGUAUUUAAACAUUAAUUUUAAUAUAAAAAAUUGCCAAAGAUGUUUUUUUUUUGUCACACUGAGUACUUACUGUGUUUUAUGAUACUGCAUUGCACAAGAAACAGUAUCUGUUAACCAAAUAUGAUCUCAAAUGGGUUCAACAUACUUAAUCAGCCAGUAACAUUAGUUGAGUAAUGCAAUAAUGUAAAGCUCCCAUUUUCAUGUAGUUUAUUGAAUAUUGCUGGUGUUCAUAGGAUAAUAGUCUUCAUUCAUAUAAUAGUGUAACAUUUUUGGUGGCAAUGAGGUUCUUUACAUUGUAAUACAUUCUGUCCAGCACUUCAAACAGAUGACUGCACCAUGAGAACUUUAAAUCUGUGCAAUAUUGAAGGUUGCAACAUAUGAAUUUGUAACUGUAUAGUGAAUGUAUAUAAAGACAAGCUUUAGGGAGAGAUUUCAUUUUUUGGAGCAAAGACCAGGCUUGCUUUCUGUAUCUAGCAUUCAUUCUAACCUUUUUUUUUUAAUGUCUGUAUAGUCUGCCAUCAAUCUUGUUGGACUGAAUGCUAAUUUGUACAGCUAGAUCGUCAUUUCAUUGCAAAUUAGAUGUAUGUGCCUUUGGAUACCUUUAGACAGCAGAAUAUGUUUACUGUCGUAUUGUGUCUUUUAAAGAUAAGCCAAAAAAGGCAAGAUGACUGUUGAUGUACAGCUGAGCCUUGUUCAGCUCUAUGUAAAGAAACAAUGACCAUUAUUAAAAGAAUCCGAUGUUUGAAUGAUGAUAAUUUGUAACGGAUGGAGAAAAAUGUAUUUUUUUGUACAAAAAUAGAUUGAAAACCUUUGCAAGGACACUAUGUCAUUGUCAUUGUGUUUACUGACAUUUUUUUUCAAUUUAGUAUUUUUUUCCUCCUCACAUUGCCCAUACAGUUUUUAGGUUCAUUGGUGGCUUUAAUUUGUCCUUCUUAUCAAUAUUAACAGCUCUGCUAUCCCAGAGCUCAUUGACUAAAAUAUGUAUUGCUUUCCAUGUGGAUACACAGUCACGCUAAAUCAAUAGGUUUAAUGUAUCAUUUAUAUAAUGUUUGACAUUAACAAUGAAACUAACCAGUGAGCCAACUGUUUUAUAAAUAAUUGCUAGUGAAUUUAAUUGUUCAUAUGUGCAGAAUCUUUUUAUUGUGGCAUUAUAGGGGGAACAACUGAGCUUUUGGGCUUAAUCACUUUCAUUGAGAACAUUCUUAUGAUGCAAAACUGCAAACUGUGUUUUACCAUAUUUAACAUCAGUGAAAGCUCAACUGGAAUCCUUAACAUUCUUGAUUAACUGGUUAGAUGCGACACCCUCCAGAAGCAUACUAAUGGAUGGCCAAGUUUGUUAUGGUUAAGCAUUUGAGUCAAUCCAGGUCUUUCCAUGGCACUUAAACUCUGUAGGAUGUUAUGUUUGUAGUUUUGUAGAAGUAAUGUGAAUAUUAAAAAUGACAACUGAUUGUUAUGUUUUUUUUUUUUUUUUUUGCAAAUUGCAGAACUCCAACUAAAAUCAGGAGGGUGUAUGACAUGCAGAUAGCCAUUGUUUGAUUGUUAUGAUUUGACAUUACCAGACUCAGAGUUACAUGUUAAUUACUUUAUGAUUACGAUUGAAACAAGUCAACUUCCUAGUGACAGAGAUUACAAAGACUACUGAGACUGCAUUAAGAAUGUAAUACUUUAUCCUUUGAUUUAAAUUUUAUAUUUUCAACAUGUAGGAUGUGCACAAAAUUUGUGUGAAGAGCAUAUCCAGACCCUAAGUAUAGCAUGGCAAACCUGAAUGUAUGUACAACCAAAAAUGGGGCAUUAGCAAACACAGACAUUAAUGACUGUCCCAUAUUUAUCAGACAUACCAGUCUGGGUUCAGAUAUAAGUUCAAUUAUUUCUCUGUUAUCCUGUAUGUAAUUAUUUAAAUUAAGGUCCGUCUGUGUAGACUGCUGUUCGUAUUACGAUUUUGGGACAUCGUACGGUUUCAUGCUUCCACGUGUCACAGAAACUAGACUAUUUAAUGUAAAUGUAGUGUUUCUGCGUUUCAUUUCUCCAUGGCUGUUCUCACGAGGGAAGUUUCUCAUCACCUCGCACCUGCUCAUGCCACAUACUGUGUAUCGGUACGACACUGACAGCUACACUGACGUUUCAGAUUCAUUUCUGUUAUUGUCUGUUUUUGUGUCGAAAAAGAAUGUUUGCGUGUGUGUGUAAUUUCGUAUGUAGGUUAUAGAAAAGGAAACAAUAUUUGGAAUUGUGCAUCAAAUGAUGUUGUACUUCGGUAAUUAAAUAAGUUUUUGUUUUGGAGAAACAUGAACUUCAGAGAGACGUCUGCAGAAGUUUGGCAGAUUGGUAAAGGAAGUUCUUGACUUUUUUAAAAACUCAUACUUACACUUGAUUACCUGCUGCAUUCGUCAAAGGAGAUCAUCAGAUAAGUGUUGGCUAUUUUCUUUCGCUAUUUUCUUGAAUUUUGUGUUUCAAGACUCACAGAAAAAGGGAAAUACUAAAACUGAGUGCUCUAAAUAUGCUGAGAAAAAAGUUCUCAAAAAUCUAAUUCCUACAUGUUUAAAAUUUGAAUCUAUCUUAUUAUGGAAGUUAUCAAUGUUAGGAUGUUGAGAUGUUAAUGAUAUACCAUGUUUAUAUAAUUUAUACCUCAAUAAAAUCCCCUGAUUGUUUACUUUAAGAAAGUUCUUGAUAUACACAUUAUAAUGUUAUGCUCCAUUUUCUCAUAAAAAAAAACAUUAUUUAUUUUUGUGUAAUUGUUUUGCCAGUUAUCCUGCAUUGUAUGGACGUCUGUAGUUGGGGGAAAAAAAGAUUCUCUGUAGCUCCUGACUGGCACCUUUCGCCUGUGACCUCUAGGAGCCACUGUUGGGCAUCCUUGCUGUUGAUGAAGCAGCUUAUGUAACGUGUUCUUACUACCUGUGAUGUCAGACGCAGUACGACUUCAAAUACUUUGUAUCAGUUAUAUGUUAUGUACUUACAGUAUGUUAAAUGCAUAUAUGUUCUACA